AUGUCUCUAGCAACCUCUUCUCUGUUCUCUUCUCUUGUUUCUCCCUCCGAGCCCCACUCUUCGCCUCCGUUGGGCGGGGGCCGACAAUCGUGCGCGGCGGCAGAAGCGGCGGCGGCGUCUGCGCAGCUCCCCCCCCUCCCCCGCGCGGCGCCGCUGUCGUUAUCCGGACGCAACCGAAGGCUCGUUUCGCCGCCCGCGCCCUGCCAACCCCUGCGCCGCCGCAGCCGCGCGCUCCCCGAAGAGAAAAACGCGAGCAAGCUGCAGCCACCGCAGCCGCCGCGGACUCGCUCUGGUGCGUGCAUUACUUCCAAGUGGAGCUGGGAACGCCCGCCCGACCAAGAAAGGACUGUGUUGUUUGCAAAAACUACUGUUGGCGGUGAAUAUGGCAUCACGCUCAAGAUGAACGAAGAGGGCAAGUGCAUCGUGGCUCGCAUCAUGCACGGCGGCAUGAUCCACCGGCAGGCGACGCUGCACGUGGGCGACGAGAUUCGCGAGAUCAACGGCGUGCCCGUCGCCAACCAGUCGGUGAACGCGCUGCAGAAGAUCCUGAUUUAA